AUGGAGAGUGACAUCCAAGAUGCACUGGAAGACCUUGGGUAAGUUAAUUUAGAUUUGUUGUUGCAAAAGCAUUCAUUUCGAAAGAAUUCUAGAAGAAAUGGGCCUGUCCGUAACGUGUUUGCCUCUCUUGAAUUAGAAACGACCCAACAAUGAUGAAAAAGGGUUUGACUUUUUUUUUUUUAGAUUUGAUAGCCCCCUCUUGGGGGAAGGGGCACUAGCUGUUGCAGUGCAAGGUGAAAAACUCUCAUCAGAUUUCAUGACCUUAUGUGUCUGGCUGGUAGAAAACCUGAAGAAUCUUUGCAGUGUACAAGAAAGUGUCUCAGGUAAAUAAUAGCCAUGCCCUGGUUGUUGAAAAGUUGGAUAGCGCUAUCCACCAGGUAAAUCACUACCCAGUGGAUAAGUGUUACAAAAACCAGUUGCGUUUUCCACUGGAAAGAGAUUUAUUCAAAGGAUGGUGCUAUCCACCUUUCAAGCAACUAGGGCCAGGAGGUCAGUUCGUUCCAUUUAUAGACAAAGGCAGUAACUCCUUAACAUUUUGGGUGAGUUUAUUCCAUCCAGGUCACAAAUACAUGUAUAUGGUCGUGUAUCCUCCCCAGGAUGAGACCGCAUUCACUGCAGCUUUGUACAGGACUUAAGAGCCAAUGUCUGUAAUUUUCGAGAAUCGGUUGACAGUCGUGAAUUUUUGAAUUUCUUCAUAUUUUGCCCACAUAAUCUCUAUAGUACACUUAUUUCAAAAAUCACAUUAAAACUUGUAACGGCUUUUUAUUUUUUCCUGAAUCGGGCAAAGUUUGAAAAAUGCCAGAUCGGCGCUCUUUCGAGUAUGAAAUUAGCGAAAAUUAAGCAUUUUCUUCGCGCUCGUACAUAAAAACGGGAUGAUAUCUCUAAAUGAAAUCAAGUCACAAGGAAAACACAGACUUGUACUUUAUAAUUCUGCAAUUAUCUUUAGACAAGCUGUUUAAAUGUGACUGUGUUGGCCGCAAGAAGAAACACGAUUUCGGCUCUUUUCAAAAAUGGCAAAUUUGACCUAAAUUUACCAUCGAAAAAAACAACUGAUACAUGGAAUUUCAACAUGAAACAAACACUAUUUUAAAGCAUAUCCUUUGCCGUUUCUUGUGUUAAAAAAUUUUUGGCGGCAUUACAAAAGUGCGUCGCUGAGACACCGAAACGUGCAGCGUAGUUUCGCACGUUGGAACGCUGAAAACAAGCUAGCCGCGAGUGUAGGCACACAAAAGUAUUUGCUAAUUUAGCUUGUUUUACAAGGGGCACAUUACGGGAAGCUCUAAAAAUCUUUUGAAGAACGAUUUUCAAUUUGAUAGUCAUAAAAAAGAACUAAGUAGAUUAACACUGCAUUUGAUUGCACGCAAGUAGCUGAAAAAGACAACGCUGUUAAGUUCUCAUGGACUGUAAAUAUUGACCUCGAGUUUCUGCACCUAAAAUAAAGCCGCUAGAAACGGUGUGCUAGCUCUAAAUGGGAUUCGACAUCUCUAAGAAUUACUUACCACAGUCGUUUCAACCGCAAGUGGCCGCAGUUUGCUGAAAUCUUCCCUCGUUUAACCUCGGACUAAACGCUGUGAAUGUGAUGCGUGAUGAAAGCCCGUGUGUAAUUUGAGUCUGGUCACGCAACUGUACAGACAAGGAUAAAUCAUCGCACGAGUGUACAAUUAACACUGUUUUUUUUUAGUUUUAUAUUUUAUAUUCCCAAAACAUGUCGAACUAAACUUGAUUUUAGGAUGUCACCAGCCGAAAGUCAAAUAGAGAAAGAAAACAAAUAGAGUAAGCCGAGUCUGCAAAACUUUUCACACUAGUUUUCUUUUAUUUGCACUAAGCCUUCUGUGCCUUUGCUUGUAAUAAACUAAUCUUUACCCCGCUUUGCGUAUAGACUUCUUUAAUGAAUUGAGGGAUUUAGGUACACACGUAUGCCAUAUGCAACAUGAAGGUAGAGCAGGGAAAUGGAAACGAGUAAAACUGUUUAAAGAAAAUUGGCCAAUGCUCCGCAAAAGAACAUUCCUGAAAAACCACAAAUCGAAAAUGGACAAUGGACACAUUUGAUGAGCGAAAUACAAGUAUUUAACAUGUUUAAAUUACUGAAAGUAGUAUUGCUUUGCUCCUCUUCAGCAAGGGCAACUUCUGGCGAGACCUCAACCUGCUGUUGACGAAUUGUACUGAUCCCUCGCCCCCCGAAGAGAGGCCCUUAAAGGCCGGUCUACACAGUAUGGGGUAGACCAGAAUGCACGUACUGUUAGCUCCCGCCUGAAAAAAAAAAUUAGUCACUUGGCUCUAUCCGCCACCAUCCCCCCGGCACUUGUUCGCAGGCUAGAAAAUAAACCAAUUCACUGACAAGUUCUUUUUCAUAACGUCAAAGUCCGUCGCGUAAAUGAAAAAAUGCUUUAAAGUGCCUCAGCCAUUUUACUUACUAUCUAUCAACCAAAUACGUUGCGGAGAAAAGAGAUAAAAGGCUGAAAACAGCCUUUCAUUUCGAUUUAAAAUUUCAGAUGGAGAAUGCCCUUUUCCUAGGUCUGCACCUGCAGUGACUUGUGUGCUAAAACUACUUCGUGGUGGUAUCUCUCAGGCAAAAACAACUGCCUAGCGGCGAGGAGCGAGGCGAGAAGUCCGUGGCCAUUUUCGAAAAGAAAAAGAAGUGUAAAGGCAGCACCUCCGUCGCUCAGAAAACGUCUGCGUAUAUAAUUUUCUUCAGGCCGCACAGAGUUAUCAAUUAAUGUGCCUUUACGGACCCUUUUUAAAUGAGCAGCCAGCAUGGCCAGUGGGCUGUUCUGAAACGGUACAACGUGAUUUGUUCUCCGCCACCCGGAACCAAACAUUUAGCGGCCAAUUUGCGCCAAUUUUGUGGAUCAAACAAAGUCUGCUAGCUCUAAAUGUAGUGAUAAAGACAUGAAUUGUUGUAUGUGUAGGGUUGAUCCUAAUGGAGAACCCAAUGCCAACCAACCCACCCAUCUCCUCCUCCUUCUCUAAAGUAGACUUUUCAUGACGUUAGCAUAAUCACCUGAGACCUCUUGUAAAGUUCACUAAAAUAAUAGCAAGCACCUUCGUAGCCUGUUCACAGACCCUCUACUUUUUCAUUAGAGAUCGUCGAUCUAUUUUCUCUUUGGAGAUCGUCGAUUUUGCGUAUGAAAAUAAAAGCCGCGGGGGAUUUAUUGACCAGUAGAGGAAGGGGCUCUCUCUCGCGCGCUCGCUUCGCUCGCGUGCUCGUCUAUUUUCGAAACGAAAGAGGAGUGUAAAAGCUGCACAUUCGUCGCUCAGAAAACGUCUGCGUAUAUCAUUUUCAGUUCAGGCCAUACAGAGUCAUCAAUCAAAGUGCCUUUAUGGACCCCUCUAUGAGCAGCCAGUAGGUUGAUCUAGAACGGUACCACGUGAUUUGUUGCACCGCUACCCGGAACCAAACAUUUAGAGGUGGUGAGGAAAAACUCAAAUUUUCAUGCGCCAAUUUUGUGGAUCAAACAAAGAUCACCUAACGUAAAUGCAGAAAACCUUACUUUUAUCAUUAGCAUGGUCGGGUCGAUGUUUGGUUAUUGCCCUACAUACUCACGUGACUAACAAGUCAGGAGCAUACCAAGUGACUCACAACAUCUUUUCUAUGAUCGCAAUACAUUCAGCAUUACUGGGGCCACAGGCGCCACAAACCAAGUUUGAAUAUGUGCGCGAUUCUAUACGAACAUACAACAAAGACUUGCACCGUAAAACACUUAUACCAGGAAUUUCUUUUCCGGCGCGUUACGCGUCACGCACUUCCGGAAUGUCAUCUUCCCUCGUGUUGACAGAUUGAAAACAUAUACAAACUUAACUUCGAUUCUGCCGUGAUGCAGAAUUUAGUUAGCGGUACUGUGACCCCGUCUAGCAUUUAAAUUCAGGUAAGUAAAUAACUUUUCUGAUAUUAAGGUUUCAAUACGAUUAAAACUAUAGCAAGCGAGUAUUUCGACAAUAUUCCCCUCUACCAACUGUGAUUUGAACUGCGUAUUCGUCUCUUCAUUAUGGUUUAUCGCAAAAAUCAGUUGAAAGGAAUCAUGUUAAACCGAACAGAAACGCCGAAAUAUAAUCUGAAACCGUUACAACUCUGACUAGGAUUUAAAUGUCGAAGUAACUUAGGUUUGCGAAGGAUUAAUAUUCCAAGCGUUGAAACUUGCUUGUUGCACGCGCUUUCCUGGUGUCAAAAUACCCUUCAGGUUUUGGUCUCUCGACGGUGCGCAUUUGGAAUGCCGCCAGAAACAUUUUAACACAAACAACAGCAAAGGAUAUGCUUCAAUACAGUUCUUGUUUCAUAUUGAAAUUCCGUGUACCAACUGGGUUUUUACGAUGGUGAAGUUAGGUCAAAUUUGUCAUUUUUGAAAAGUGCUGAAACCGUGUUUCUUCUUGGGGCCGGUACAGUCACAUUUAAACGGUUUAUUUAAAGUUAACUGCUGAAUUAUAAAGUAAAAAUAUGUGUCUGUUUUGUGACUUGAUUUCAUCUAGAGAUAUUAUUCCGUUUUUAUGUACGAGCGCGAAGAAAAUGCUCCAUUUUCGCUAAUUUCAUACUCGAAAGAGCGCCGAUUUAGAGUUUUUCAAACUUUGCCUGAUUCCUGAAAAAAUAAAAAGCUGAUACAAGUUUUAACGUGAUUUUUGAAAUUAGUGUGCUAUAGAGAUUAUUUGAGCAAAAUAUGAAGAAAUUCAAAAAUUCACGACUGUCAACCGAUUCUCGAAAAUUACAGACAUUGGCUCUUAAUUCUGUGCUAAUCCUCCAGUCUUAUUUGUGGUGUAUCUAAGCCUCUUGUUGAUGCAAUCUUUCCAUUUUCUUCUCGGUUUAAGAUGGUUUCACAGGUACUAGUGCAGCCUUUUCCAAACAAUCAAAGUGUAUACCCAAAGCUAAAGUGUCUGAAUUAUACCUUCUGACUGACUCACUUAUCCAAACUUAAUAGUUCCUUUGAAAUUCAUCAAUGCUUGGAAUGGUAUAUUCAUUUUGUAAGAUUAUUAAAUUUAUCAUAAUAUUUCCAUUGAAUAUGUUUAUAUCAGAAAAGGAAGAUGAGGAAACUUUCAGAAUGGAAAUAAGUGGAUUGUUGAAUGAAAUGGGUAAGUACGGCUGAAAAACCAGCAGUCAUUUAUUUCUAUCAUGGCCAAUUAUUAUAAUCUUAGAUUCUUCUCUAGUUAUAUAGGUAAACAUUAAAUUUGUAUGGAACAACAAUAAUAGUCAUAAUCUGAAUGACUUCUCCCAUGUCACCAAAUGCAAAUUUAAUGUCCAUUUUUGUUCUUUACAUCACAGGUUGUCCUCAUUCACAUCUGCUAGGGGUAAAUGGCCUUGCAUCACCAGCCAACAGACUUCUUCUAUUAGGUACAUUGUUACGUCCACUUGAACAUGUAUUUCCAUAGCUGAAUAGGUUGUAACAAUGGUGUUUACUGGAAAGGAAACCACAUAUAUCGCCUUUUAAGAGCUUAUCUAAUCACAUAUAAUCGCUUCCAUCAUUUAUUAUAUUAGGCACAAUGAUUUAUGCGAGUUUUAUGCAUGAAUGAACACAGCUCGACAAACACUUUAGCACUGAUUGAAUCUGUUUGCAUGUUCAAUUAAGGCAGUCUUAUCUGCCUUGUUUACAAAAUGCUUUAUAUCAAACAAUUAAGACCGCCUUUGAACUUGCAAAGGGAUUCAAUCCAUGCCAAAGUCUUUGUUUAGCUGUGUUUAUUCAUGCAAUUUGGAGUACUUACGUAAUUAACUCCUUUUGAACUUGUAUUAAUUUCCAUUCCUUCAUUAGUUUUUGCAUGUUUAUGUGAAAUAUUUUUCCUUGUAAUUAUUAAUCAGACUACUUGACAUCAGAGCUUCAGGCAUUACGAAUGAUUGGGGGAGAAGAAGAUGUAUUAAUGGAAAUAGAAGAUCAAGUGAGUACCUUCUGAGUCAUUACUCAAUACUUGAUAACAAGAUAAUUUUCACAGUGGAGUGAAAUCCUGAUGUUUUCAAUCUUAGAAAAUUAUUUCAAACCUGAAUUUUAUUUAACAAAAGCCAUUCUAAUUUCCCCCAAACUCCCAUGCAGAUGUCUUUUUGCUUGGAGGCUAUGUAUUUCCUGUUGAAUCUGAUUAAGUAAGACUCUUAAAGUUUGCCUUCUACACUGUACCCACUUCAAACAACCUGCUGACUAAGCUAAGGAUUCUAUUUGUUUCAUUGGUUGGAACUAUAGUAUUUUAUAGUUAACAGUGUAUUAAUUUAUAACUACAUGUAUUAAAUUUUAUAUUCAACAAUUAUGACAGGCAGUAAGUCCUGCUCUCCAGCAACUCAUAGCAAUACUGAUAGCACUGGAUUUACCACAACCUACCAAAGAAUCCACUGUAUUUGAUCUGUUCUCCCAGAUAGAAAAUAAGGUUAGUCAAUACCAACAUUUAUGA